GUCUGGCUCUCAGUUGUCUGUAAAUCAGGAAGAAGUAGACCCUAUGUUGGCAGCUGGUUUACCAGCCAGCCAUGCAGGACCUACCCCACCUCUAAAUCCUCAUAUCGGUUCAACAGAUACCCUUCUACCCUCUAGUUUCAUCACUCCUUCCUCUACCCCUCUGCCACUCGAACUUCAUAUAGAUGAAGACGGUUCGGCACAUUCAGCUGGUUCCACUGUAGUUCUGUCAACAUCCAAGAGCGCUGAAUACUCUGCAGUCCAAGAGAAACAUGCUGAGGGCAGUGUCACCUCUCAGAUCUCUCAUGUAGAGAGCCUCAGUGUCUUCAGCACCCAAAAACACUCUAGUGAGGCUGAUGUUAAAAGCUCUACACUGUCAGUCUCUAAAACUUCUGCAAGUAAUAUAAAUCUAGUUGCAAAGAGCCCAAGUCCAAGUACUGUUAGAAAAAGUCCUGGUCCAGUUCCUGCUGUUAAAAGCCCCAGUCCUGUUGUUUCCACCGAUAUAACCCCAAAUCAAAAUCAACCUGGCAAGACUUCAAGCCCAGUCCUUAAAAGUUACAGCCCAGUCACCAUCAUUCAAAUUCCAGAGGCAGCUGUAGAGAAUGACAAUCCAGUGCCAACUAUUACAGAAACAGUGCCAAAGAUUUCUAGUCCUGUAACAGUUCCAAGGCUUUCAAGUCCGGUGCCACAUCCGGUCCCAGUCCCUGCCAUCUCUAACCCAGAAACUGUUCCCAAGUGCGCUAGUCCAGUGACAAUUCCAAGACUUUCGAGUCCAGUUCCAAAGGUUUCAAGUCCCUUAACACUAUCUAAUAUCUGUAGUUCACCAACUGUGCCCAAGAGUUCCAGUCCAGAAUCAUAUCCCAAAUGUGCUUCACCAGUAAUGUUUCCAAGGCUGUCAAGUCCAGUGACGGUUCCAAAGAGUGAAACUGCAGUUCCAAAAAAUUCUCCAGCAGUCAUCAGGAAAACAUUCACAGUUCAAGGCACCAGCAGUCCCAGAGCAUCUCCAGUUUCACCUGCUGUUGUCUCAUCAAACACCCCAUCUUCCCUCACACCACAAAAGCAAGGAGGUGACGUAUUAGAUUUAACCUGGCCUUGCCGAGAACCGCUACUGGAUGAUACUUUAGACAAACUUUUAGCCCCCACCUCGACCCAACCAGAACCAAUCGCAGAGAACCAGCCACCUUGUUCUAUUUCGCCUGGAUAUGAUGACAGACAAUGGGAGGAGGAGGAUGUGAUUUACCCAGAAUUCAGCCGCGAAGGAACACUGACGCCCAUGACUGAGUCCAGCUGGAUCGAUGAGUGUCUCACGCCCUCAACCUGCCCCGGGACACCAGAUGCAACGCUGGACCUGCCCCUACAGCAGCCCUCUGCUGUGGAGAGGCUAUCUGCUUGUGGACAAGUAGGAGGCUCUAAACUUAACUCUCCCAAAAUAAGCUUCUGGCAUGUAGCUGUUGAAGCUUUAAGGCCCCAUGUGGUUAUUUGACCUUGUCGUCUAAAAUAUGAAAUAUUAUAGACAGUAAUGGCAAAAUGGCUGUUACAUGACUAAACAAAAUAUACUGUAAUCAUGACCUUAUUUUGGGAGAGAUUCAGUGGAGUAGUACCUAAAGGGUUUUGAUGAAGAGAAAUUCCUCAGACUUUUUUUUUGUGGUGUGAUGCAUGUAGUGUCAUUGCAUAGCAGUUACACAAUGGCUUGAAGGUAAAGUCUCCCUUUAAAGACUAUUUGUGGCUGAUGUUGAAAGCUUUGCUGAAAGGAUGUCUACACAGGCCCUCACUUGCAUCAGUCAACAUUGCUGUGUUAGUCAUAGGGCAUGGACUGCCAAGUUUACGCAACCAAAGGAUGAUGCCAGCAAUACGUUUUUGAUCACUGAUCACCACAUAGAAAGUACAUGAAGAAACGAAUGCGCGAGGAAUUGUACAUAUGUUGUAGAAACACUGAUUUUUUUUUUUUUUUUACUGUCUUGCUUUUACACUUGCAGGCGCAUUUGCAAGCAUUUUGUCGCAACUCCUGCAUGCCUUGUGCAGAUACCAGAGUAGCUUUAAUUCACGGAGCGGGAGACUUUCCUAGCACAUUUGAUUGACACAUGAGUGCCUGACAAAAAAAGGCAAGCGUUUUAACAGAAUUUAAAUUUUUCUGAAGCUGCUUGAGUGUUUUUGCCGCUCAAACAGACAUUGCCUGCCCUGCUUGUGUUUGUAACUCAUCACAAACCAUGUGAUGAAUGGCACAACACCUCCUUAUCAUGUAUUCUCCAGCUCAAGUCAGUUAUACGCCGCACCAAAGAGACCUCCAAUGUGCACCCAAUGUACAGAGAGGGACUUUUGCGACGUAAAAUGGGACCCAUCAUUGUAAAUAAAAGCAACUCGCAAGACCGACUCAUUGAGGAGCUACAGGGGAAACUGGGAAUUGGGCGAGUUGAGCGCAGACGUAAACAGCAGCCAGAUGACUGGCUGACAGAGGGAGUCAUCGUCAUGUCCAACCCACAGCGAACACGGGAAGAAAAGCCAUCUGUGGAUAAGAUCAUCAUUCCUCCAGAUUCACCCGCCCCACAGAGAAAAGUCCUCUCCCCUCCACAGUCUCCCCCAGCACCCAAAAAGUUGCCCCCAG